CGGACAGCAUUAAUGAGGGCUGCCAGGGAAGGACACCUGGAGAUCUGUAGUCUCCUCAUUGAUAGAGGAUGUAAGAUCGACAUCACAAAUAACAGUGGAUACACAGCUUUACAUUAUGCUGCUAUGGAGGGAGAUCUACAGAUCACAAGAUGUCUGGUAGAAAGAGGUACCAGUCCUUUGGUUACAACACAUAAGGGUAAGACUCCUUACGAUCUAGCAGCAGCAGAACGAAAGGGGCAGUUUAAAGAAGUGAUGGAAUACUUACAGACUGUCAUGUCAGAGAAAUCUCCAGGUGUGACUGCUGGUCAAGGGAUAGAAGAUGAAGUCCCAAAUGAAAUAAAAUUAAUGACUGACAAAAGAUCUGUCGAACUGUACCUUAAAUUACUUGAAUCAGGCUCUGAGAAAAAGAGAGACAUACGUUUAGUAGUAGUUGGAAAGAAAGGGGCAGGAAAGACUUCAUUGAUUAAAAGAUUGUUUGGUGAAGAUAAUACAGAUGUUACCAGUACAAAUGGAAUAGAAAUUCAUAAAAUUAAAUGCAAAGCAAUGUCUGAUGAUGGAAUAUGGAAUAAAUUUGAUGGAAACUAUGAAGAAACUGAAAUUCAUGCAAGACUAUUGAAAGAAUAUGAGGAAAAACUUCAGGACAAAGGAACAAUAAAAGAACCAGUAGAAUCCCACAUUGCCAUUAAGGACAACACACCAGCAACAAGUUUUGAUGAAUCAAAGAAAUCAGGGACAGUAUAUCAGCAGCCUAAAAUAAUGACACCUCUAGUAACCACUGAAUCUCAAGUUGAACCUCCAGUAACCUCGCAGCAACAACACCAAUUAUUAGAACAGGCAAAAAAGGAUAUUGAAACCAUGCUUAAAUCUAAUGUAGAUUUACAUGACAAAGAGGAUUACGCCACAUUAUUUUUGUGGGAUUUUGCAGGAGAUGAAGAAUUCUACCACACUCAUCAAACCUUUUUAUCCCCAGAUGCAAUUUAUCUUGUUGUUACAAAACUCAAUGAGGCUGACGACAAACAAGCACAAGAUUUAUUCCAAUUGUGGAUGGAUUCAAUACAUUGUUACAGUAGACUGGAAGAGGAUAUAUAUAAAUCUGAUGUCAAAAAGAGAAUAUCAGAGGAUCUUGAUCCACCGAUAGUUAUUGUUGGCACUUGGAAAGAUGCUUUGAUCUCUGAUGUACAAGAGAUUGAUGAGGCAUGCAGUGAAAGUAUUUUUAAGUAUACGGAGAAUAUGUCAGAAGAUGAGAUAAGACAUAUAAGGCAAGAAUACUUCAUUUCCAACACAGAUGAUGAUCCCAGUGUAUUCCAGCAAAUCCGAGAAGACAUUCUAUAUUUAGCCAGAAAAAUGAAAACAUGGAACCAAGUUUAUCCCUUAAAAUUCAUUCAGCUGGAAAAACGACUUCAAAAAAAAAAGAAGGAGUUACCAAUUAUUUCCUUUAAUGAAAUUCAGCACAUCUCUAUGGAUACACAUCAUCCACUAAAUGAUGAGGAACUCAGAUUAUUCCUGGAAUUUCACCAUGAAAUCAGAGCUUUAGUUUAUUUCAAAGAUCUGCCUUCUUAUAUUAUUUUAGACACACAAUGGUUGUCCGAUGCUUUUAGAUGUAUAGUCACAGCAAAGAAAUUUAGAGCUAUUAGUAUUAGAAACAGAACAAAAUGGGAUGAAUUGUUCAAUAGAGGCAAAUUACAUAGCGAAGUUUUAGAAGACAUAUUUAGAAAAAGUGAAAACAAUUUUUCCAAACACAAGGAUCACAUCCUGAACGUAAUGGAGAAAUUUGAUAUCAUAAUACGACCUAACAUAUGUAACAUAUCAGAAACUGAAAGAGACGCUGGUGAUGACAAACCUCUCUAUUAUAUACCUUGUAUGAUUAAAUCAGAACCUGAGUUUAAUAUAUACGAAAUGUUUAAUGUAACAGAAAACACAUGUAAUAAGUCUACCUGGUUAUGUUAUAUGUUUAGGUUUCUUCCACCUCAUUUAAUGAAUCAUUUAAUUGCAUCACUGUGCAGGAAAUAUAAAAUUGCAGAAGUUGUCACUAAGGAUCAGAAAAAACAAAUUGCUCUUUUCAGAAGCUCAGCUGUCUUUGAGUUAGAGAAAACGACAAAAUUAGCUAAAUUACAUAUAAUGAAAUGUCCAAACUGGAUUCAAAUUCAGGUUUGGCAAUUUGGGAAAGAACGUGAAAGAGGUAUGUACAAAUACAUUGAUGACUUUGUGACUGAGGAAAUGGUCAUGAUAAUAAGCACAAGAUUUAAGAUGUCGAAUGUGAACUUUUGGAAAAAAUGGGAAUGUGACCUAACAAAACCAGAGUCUGUUACAGGAUCAAAUGAUUUUAGUGAGGAGCAGAUUCAAGAAUAUUACUGUGAGAAAUGUACAAGCACCCAUAUAUUCAUUGAUAAAUGGCAAGAUCUUAACAGUAGAAGACCAUGCCUGCCAAUUAGUUGUGAGAUUAAACCAGGAUUGAAUCAAAAGAAAGAUAGCACCAGUCACGCCCAAACUACAUCCUCCAAGGUCUUUGUCCGUAUCAACGCUAGUAAUAGAGACAUUUCAAAAAUCCAUGAUGCGUCGACAGCAUCAGCCAGUUUGACAGGGUUCACAAAAGAGGAAAUUAAUUUUUCAAAGAUGGGAAUGAUAGCGCUGAAUAUUCUUGCUGAUGUUUUAUAUGAUCUAUUAAAACCAGAUAAACCAUAUCUACGUCCAAGGUGUGAUUGUGAUAUAACAUAUUUGUACAGUGAGCACAGGAAUCUUAAUAAACACAUUCCUAGUAAUUCAUGGGGUGGUCAAUGGCAAAGAAUUCAGACUACAGAUAUAGCUAUUGGAGAUGAUAUUGAGCGCAUUAGACUGACAAGAAACGAAUUACAACAUUCUAGAAUAUUUCAUCUUGAUGAUAAACGUUUUAAUGAAUUACGUAAUAUACUAAGCGACCUUUUAAAACGGUUUGAUCAACAUAUCAAACCAAUUAUGCUAUAUACCGAUCAUCUAAAUGAGAUUUUGGCUAAAACUAUUUCUGCAGAGGAAGUGAAAUCUAUUAAAAAUCAAAUAUUAGGAAUGGCUAUUGAAGUUGAAAUUGAACACCAAAUCAAUGUUUCAACACAAUAGAGAAAUAAGCCCAUCUACACAUUUUGUAUAAACAGUUCCAAUCCUUGUAAUUAACGAGCAAUACAUACACUACUCAUCCUCAUUAGAGAUGGUAUGAUGCUGAUAAAAGUAGAGUUACAGAAAACAAUGACCAAAAUAAAGAAAAAAAGAGUGGACCAAAGAUGAAUGAUUUGACUAGAAUUCAAAAAUGAACCAAUAGUGAACUGUUUCAGUGUUAUUUUUAAUAUGUAAAUACAUACAGUAAAUACUGUAAUAUGUAUAUAGCCAAUACCAUACAUGUAUUCAUUAUGUGCAUAGAAUGAAUACUUGUAGAUAUAUAUAAUAGAAAUAUAUUGAUGUGUGUGUAAUAAUGUAAUCUAGAAAAUAAUAUUUUCAGUACAGUGAGAAAAUGAGAUAAAACAAAAUCACAAUUAGGAAGACAAUAACAAUCAAAACCAAGGAUUAAACAAAGACUCAAAAAACCAAAAGACAGGAAUAUUUUCUCUUUGUUUUAGUUGAGAGAGAAAAGUGUGAGUACUCUCAGAUAUGUUGUUUGGAUAUACAAGUGCCCAACCAGGUCCACUCUGUUUAUAUUAGAUGUAUUUUAUUCAUAUUUGUUGAAGACGUGCUUUUCAACAGACUGUCGGAAUUCGAAUGGGAACCAAUUUGGCCCCUCUUUCUGCAAACGUGUUUCUUUAUUUUUAUGAGGCUGACUUCAUACAGAAACUUCUUAGGAAGAACGAUAAGAAGUUAGCAACAUCCUUAACUUUACGUUCCGCUAUA